GCACCCGACAUGGGGCGCCUCGUUCUGUCUUCUCUGGUCCUUGUGGCCUGUGCGAUCACCUUGGCUUCAGGAUUCUCGGUAUAUCUAUCCUCAUGGAGUGGGUGGGGCUUUUACAAAGUCAAGGUCACGGGCCCGAUGACUAAUGUCAAUGUCAAGUCUACAUGUGAAGCUGCAGGGAUGCAGUACCCAUGCUUCGGUAGAGAUGGUGACUUCCAUGAUGGCAUCUACUGGGAACCGGGCUGCAUAACAUACAGCGCCGAUGGGAUCAGCAACCAUAUUCAAACCAUUCUGUCCGCCCACCUGUGCGUAGAGUACAACCCUUUGAUCUGCCCUGCUCUGCACGACCUUUUUGUGGUCCGACCGGACUUGGCAACAGACAGUGCACAGGGCCAUGACGUUGUCUCUAACACAGGAGUUCAGGGAUCUGGCGUAAGCGACAAAUAUGCCCUGUGCGCAAAACCCAGCAGCUGCAGCAGUUCCCCCUGCCUGCACGGGACCUGCGAGGAUCGCGUGAAGCACUACUCCUGCGGCUCCAACUGUCCGAAUGGGGACCAUGAGCCGUACUACGUGUGUUGGUGUGAGCCGGGCUGGUUCGGGGACACGUGCCAGAUCGACAUUGACGAGUGCCAGAGCUCACCCUGUUCUCAAAGCGCCACCUGCGUGGAUCACGUGAACGGCUACACCUGCCAGUGCCCACCUGGAUUCACCGGGAACAGCUGUGAGACAGCUAUAAACUGGUGUGACCCCAACCCCUGUCCGUCUGGCUGGACCUGUGUGGCCCCGGACCUUGGCGCCUUCCACUGCCAAGCGCCCGGUGGGAGCCGCGGAUACACCGGCCACUUCUGCGCGGCGACGUCAUGCGGUCCCGAUUGGAGCUGCAGGGAGGACGGCUACUCCGGCUACACCUGCCUCCGUGGCUGA